GAGGAAAGUAAUAGUAACGAUAGUAAUAAUAACGAAAUCAUUCUUAAAUACCCUAAACUCGUUGUAAAGAAGUUAGAAAAUAUACUCGGCUUAAAUAAAAAUAAAAUAAUUAAGUUUAAGGAGAGAGCUCUACAAAUAGCAUUACGAGCGCUAUCGAAACCUAUUAAACGCUCUUAA